CCAGCAGCAGAUGGCGGCAUUCCAAGCAGCUGGCCGCUGAGCGCGUGUUCCAUAUUCGCGACUUUCAGUCGUUUUAGUUGAUAUCCGCGAGCUUUCAGCCGCGACGGUACCAGUACUGCGUUUCCAGGGCAGUAUCCCACCGUAAGAAAAGCAAGGAAUAUGUCUUCCAUGUUGAGGACAGUGAAACGCUUCGACUACCUGGUCAUCGGCGGCGGGUCAGGCGGUAUCGCGAGCGCCCGGCGAGCCGCCGAGUACGGAGCUAAAGUGGCCCUCAUCGAGCACGGUCCGCUAGGCGGGACGUGCGUGAACGUCGGCUGCGUCCCGAAGAAGCUGUGCUUCUACUGCGCGAGCAUGGCCGAGAUGAUGAAGGACCUGAAGGACUACGGAUUCGACACCGCCGCCCCCGCUCCUCGCGUCAACUGGGCCGCCUUCAAGGCCAAGCGCGACGCUUACAUCAAACGCCUGAACGGCAUCUACGGGGCGAACCUGUCCAAGAACAACGUGGAAUUCGUGAAAGGGCGCGCCGUCUUCGUCGGUCCGAAAACUGUGCACGUUGGCCAGAACGCGUACAGCGGCGAGCACGUUUUGAUCGCCACCGGCGGCGAGCCCCUCGUCCCGAAAGUUCCAGGAGCUGAGUACGGCAUUACCAGCGACGGCUUCUUCCAGCUGGAAUCACUGCCCAAGAAGUGCGUCGUGGUCGGCUCGGGCUACAUUGCCGUCGAGCUGGCCGGAGUGUUCCACGCGCUUGGCACAGACGUGACCCUGGUCACACGCACAGAGCAUAUCCUACGAGCCUUCGAGCCGGCGCUGGGCGACACGCUCAUGGAGCACAUGGCCUCCGAGGGGGUCCACUUCGAGAAGAACUGCACGGUCUCCAGCAUCACCAAGGUGGCCCACUGGUACGAGGUUGUCACGACGACAAACAAGAAGAUCCAGGACGUCGACUGUGUCCUCUGGGCCGUGGGGCGCAAGCCAAACGUUGACAUUGGCCUCAACUUUACCGGCGUUGAGCUUGACAAGACUGGUCACAUCAAGGUAGAUGAAUAUCAGAACACGACUCAACUGGGCGUCUACGCGCUAGGCGAUGUCUGUGGCAAGUGGCUGCUGACACCUGUUGCCAUAGCGGCGGGACGCUGCCUCUCGGAGCGCCUCUUCAACAAGAAACCGAACUGCAAACUUGAGUACGAGAACAUUCCGACUGUAAUCUUUAGCCACCCGCCCAUUGGAACCAUCGGGAUGACCCUAGCUCAAGCCGAAGCCAAGUACGGGGCGCAGAACAUCAAGACAUACAGGAGCACCUUUGUGCCCAUGUACUACAGCAUGACCGAGCGGAAAAUCAAGUGCGUCAUGAUACUUGUGUGCGCCGGGCCUGAAGAGCGGGUGGUCGGCUUGCACAUGAUUGGCGAUUCUGUUGAUGAAAUUCUGCAAGGAUUUGGCGUCGCCAUCAAGAUGGGGGCCACGAAGGCACAGUUCGACAGCUGCGUUGCCAUCCAUCCGACGGCGGCAGAAGAGUUGGUGACCAUGCGGUGACGCCCAAAGUUGACUCACGAUUUUCUAAAAAUUCACGCGACAGCAACGUUUUGUAGUGUCGCGAUGUUUCUGUGAUGGUUGUGACAGUUGAGGUAGAGCGGGGGUGGGGGGGGGGGGGGAUUUCCACGCGAAAUGUUGACCAAAAACAUGGAACUUAUUUUAACUGUGGGGUCCAGCCAGCACUGAUAGAGCAUUCCUGCACACACAUUAGUCCAUUGCAUUUCGUUAUUUUUUGUGUUAUUUAAUUUGCACUCAUUUGAACAAAGUAAAUAAACCUUGCAAAGAUGAGAAGGUGAGAAAUCAUUACACCACGAAUGCAAGGUUUUUUUUUUAGAGCUUUGGUGUGACAACACCAAAAACUAUUAAAAGAAAACGGUUUGAUCUAAUUUAUUAAGUGGUUAUGUCCAGUGGUUUGCCGAUAAGUAUGGCAGCUAGAUACGUUGUAUAGGUGCGGCAACAAGACAAACUUAAUGCUGCAAGUACUUCAUCUGUACUGCGACUGCAAGUCCCCGUAUUUUCUCUUGGAUCAUUAAUGACAGACACAUUGAACAAAGCGGGGCAAGUAUUAAGAGCAGCACUGCAUUGUGUAUGUCUGAUGUGUAUAGUACACAUUUGCAUAACUGAACUGGUUAUGAGAAAUUGCACGUAUAAAGUCAACAAAAGUAUUUAAAGGAGCGAUUUGAUGUAUUAUAAUGGUCCAAAUGUGCUUUGUCCUUGCAUUACGUGCUGUGUCCAGACACUUUUGCGAUGAUGUCUUGUAAAAUGUGUUUUUCACAACUUGAAAUAAAAGCGAUACUAUACCUGUGUUUGCAUAGCCAGCAGCAUACGUGUUCACUACAGUCCGAUCUGAAGGGGAACACUGCAUUAACUUGAACAUAUCAACUUCAAAUAAACAAAAUAUUCUUGAUUUGAUGUGUUAGGUACGCCUAUAUAUCUGUAAAAAAUUAUGGCCUUGUCCUUUGUGUCAAGGCCACAUUUUCUACCAUAACUCUAAUCUUCACUCCUGAUGGAUUCAACCAGCAUCCUUCAUUUCUCAUUGCCGUAAUCAACACAAGAAGUCUCCAUGCCCCAUUGCAACACAGAAACAUGGGCACUAUCAUAUUUUCCAAGAACUUAUAAAGAAUGGAAUUCCCUACUUGCAUCACUGACAAGCAUCACUGAUUCCAUUCAAUUUAAAAAGGUCCUUACAAUGCUGGUUACUUAAUUACCGCUUUUGUUUUUUCUCCAUUAACUGAUUUUAGUAUCCUGUUUUAGUUCUCUGCCUAAUAUUCAUCAGUUGUUUUACUAUGUUGUAAAAGAACUGUUAGCAUUUUUAAUCUUCUUCCUCAAUUGUAUACUUGAAGAAAAGAGCGCUACGAAGACACGGACUAAAAGAACAUGUACGAUGGACAAGGCGCUAAUUUCAACUAAAUGUUUGGAAGUAUUGUUGGAAGUAGCGCCUUGUCCGUCGUACAUGUUCCUCUUUUAGUCCGCAUCUUCGUAGUGCUCUUUUCUUCAAGUAUGCAAAACCAACUCGCCCACAUCAAGCUUCUGCUGCCUCUAUUGUAUAUUAUUGUAUGAAAUGUGCUUUUUAUUGUGAAUUGCCCUUCCCUUCUGAAAUGUACCCCGAGGGCAACAAUAAAUAAAUAAAAGGUGGGGCGUAAUCA